GAUCAAUUGGUGGAUUAACAAAUAUGAAUGUUGGAAUAGAAAUACCUGGUUUUGUAAAAAAUAUGUUUUCUAAAAAUCCAACUCAAUCAAAAUCAUCGUCAAAUUCAUUUAAGGCUGAUUCAGAUAGACCAAAGUUUAUCAAAAAGGAGGAUGAAGGUGAUUCAGAAUCAUCUAGUGGUGGUAAUAGUGAAAAAGAUAAUGAUGAGAAUGAUGGUGAAGAUUCUGGAGCACAUAAAAAUAAACGUGGUAUUCCAGCACAAGAUGAUGAAUUCAUGGUGCUUAAAAAAAAAUUGAUAGAAGUUUGUAAUAUUUUAAUGAGCAUUGAUCAUAAAGAGGCAUUAAAAUUACCAAGUAUUGUAGUAAUCAGUAGUCAAAGCUCUGGCAAAAGUUCUGUAUUAGAAGCAAUUGUUGGUCAUAAAUUUUUGCCAAAAGGAUCUGUAGCUUCUCCGCCGACCAUAGCAUCUCCAUCUUUAAGUGUAAAUGACGAGGACUCUUCUUCUCCGAUGAUAAUGAUGCUGAGAAAGAGAAACACGAUAUGUUAUAAGGAAGAACAGUUUUUGUCAGCAACAGACUCGUCAUACAUUCCGUCUUCACGUAAUUCGAUGGUUUCCGAAGAUUAUAUGAGGAAAGCUUAUUAUAUGGAGUAUUUUGUCAGACCUGGUGUUAUCAAUUGGAUGCUAAAAGAAGACUCAAUGAGAUGGGUCGAAAACAAUAUUGACAUUUCUACUAUCUGUCAAGAGUAUCGUGCUAUGGUUAUUAAAAAAUGUGAAUCGAAAACAAUUACCAUUACUGCAAAUGAGGAGCUAGUGUUGAGUCAUAUUUUCCUGUUUCAAGAAGAAAACCCAGAAGGACUUCAAGAAUAUUUCGAUGAUGAACUCUGGUCAAGUGUUUUUGUAAAGAUAAGGGAACAAUAUUCAUCCAAGCCAAUUCCUGAAACAGUGUACGAAAUAUUCACAAAAGUUAUUAAGCUUUCUUGUGAGUAUGGAAACCCGCAAGAGCGUCAAACAAAAAUAGAAGCAUAUCUAAAAGGGCUUGAGACCACUGAUAAACUUGAAAAGACAAUGUACAACAUUCUUUGGAAUCUGUAUGUUCUUAUUAAAUGUGUAUGUGUUUAUGUGGACUUGAGAAUCACAUUAACUAAAUAUGAUUAUUGUGCAUUACACAGUGCUGUUGAUGAUCGACAAUCUUCCUUCAAAGGAAAUUAUGCAGAGGACACAUUUACUCACAGUAUUGUCAGCCCGAUUAUUAAACCAUUUUUUACUAAUAAAAACACUAUAAUCGAAUGGUCAAGUAAGACGUCUAACUCAUCAAUGUGGUCAAAAAAACAGUUUGAUCCAACCUUCCAUGGUACAAAGCCAGAUCUUAUAAUCAGAACAAAUCUAAAUGAUUAUAUUGAACUGAUGUUUGGUGAAAUCAAGCCACCAAAUACAAAAGAGGACUUAAUAAAUGAAGAUUUGGUAUAUCUUGGGAAAACGAUGAAGGCUGCCCUUGAUAAAGCCAUUGAAGAUGGGCUUGAAGAUAUUGUUAUCUGUGGCAUACAAGUAGCUGGGUUUCUGAGCAGAUGUUACGUCAUGGAUUUGUGUUAUGAAGGUGUAUAUCGAAUGAUAUUAAUAGGAGAAUUUCAUCCUCCUAAUGGUGUAGCAACAUGGGGUCUAACGAUGAAAUGUUUUCAUGUGCUAAACACAAUUCAAGAACUAGUUGACAAAGGGGUUAAGUCAUAUCAAUCAAUUGUUAGAAAGACGAUUACACCUACCAAAUCAUUGAAAACGCAAAUGACAAAAGCUGCAUUCCUCAGUCCCAUAAAAGUACCAAUGCAACAAUAUGAUUUAAGUGGAAGUAGAAAUGAAAAGCCACAUAAAAGGAUCAAUACAACAAGUGGAAUCAUUAUACCCGAAGUUAUAAAGCAAUCAACACAAUCACUUAGAUUAGCUCCACCAGCAUCUUCAACCAAUUUGGAGAAAAGUGUCAUCAAUACUACAAAUUCUUAUGGUAUUCAUGAUACUUUUCGCUUUGGUCCAAAAUCUAUUGAAAGUGAUAUUUCACCAACUCAUCCACUUGAAAAUAGAUUAAAAUAUUGGGAAGAAACACAAAGUAAUUUGAAACUUACAUUACAUCGAAAAGUUUAUGGACUUCAUGCACCAAUAAGACAACUCAUGGAACGAAGCAUUGUAUCAAAGGUACAAAGAUUCCCAGUUUUAGAAUCAUCUAAUCUUGGAUUAGAUAUUUUAAUGGGUAAAGAUGAAACAAUUGAUUUUGAAGAUUUCUUGAAUGAUCCAAGUCAAUCAACAGAUAUGAUUGAUAUACAUUCAGCAAUGGAACAUAAAUAUAACAUCAAAUUAUAA